AUGCGCCCCGAGGAGGGCGGCGCGGCCGGGCUGGGCGAGCUGCGCUCGUGGUGGGAAGUGCCGGCCAUCGCGCACUUCUGCUCGCUCUUCCGCACGGCGUUCAGCCUGCCGGACUUCGAGAUUGAGGAGUUAGAAGCAGCUCUUCACAGAGAUGACGUGGAGUUUAUCAGCGACCUGAUCGCCUGCCUACUUCAGGGCUGCUAUCAGCGAAGGGAUAUCACGUCUCAGACCUUCCACAGCUACCUGGAGGACAUCAUCAGCUACCGCUGGGAGCUGGAAGAGGGGAAGCCGAACCCCCUGCGGGGAGCCAGCUUCCAGGACCUGCCCCUUCGCACCCGAGUGGAAAUCCUCCACCGCCUCUGUGACUACCGGCUGGACGCAGACGAUGUCUUCGAUCUCCUCAAGGGCCUGGAUGCAGACAGUCUCCGUGUGGAACCGCUGGGUGAGGACAACUCUGGGGCCCUCUACUGGUAUUUCUAUGGGACGCGAAUGUACAAGGAGGACCCAGUACAAGGAAAAUCCAACGGAGAGCUCUCUCUGAGCAGGGAAAGUGAAGGACAAAAAAAUGUCUCAAGUGUUCCUGGGAAAACAGGAAAAAGAAGAGGAAGACCCCCAAAACGGAAAAAACUGCAGGAGGAAACUCUAGUGAGUGAAAAGCAAGAAGAAAACUCCUUAACAUCUGAGCCGCAGACAAGAAAUGGGUCCCAGGGGCCAGGCCAAGGCUCCUGGUGGCUCCUGUGCCAGACAGAAGAGGAGUGGAGACAGGUCACCGAGAGUUUCCGGGAGAGGACCUCCCUGCGAGAGCGGCAGCUCUACAAGCUCCUCAGCGAGGACUUCCUGCCCGAGAUCUGCAGCAUGAUUGCCCAGAAGGAGACCCCUGUGCUCAGCAGGAUAGAAAAACAGAAGCGCAGGGAGGAGGAAGAGGAGCGCCAGAUCCUCCUGGCGGUGCAGAAGAAGGAGCAGGAGCAGCUGCUGAAGGAGGAGAGGAAACGGGAGCUGGAGGAAAGGGUCAAGGCCGUGGAAGAUCGCGCCAAGAGAAGGAAGCUCAGGGAAGAGAGGGCCUGGUUGCUGGCUCAGGGCAAGGCGCUCCCGCCCGAGCUGUCCCACUUGGACCCUCACUCCCCGCUGCGGGAAGAGAAGAGGACGAGAGACCCCUUUGAGCUGGACGAUGAUUUCACUGCCAUGUACAAAGUUCUGGACGUGGUGAAGGCUCACAAGGAUUCCUGGCCCUUUUUGGAACCAGUGGAUGAAUCGUAUGCCCCUAACUAUUACCAGAUUAUUAAGGUCCCCAUGGACAUUUCAAGCAUGGAGAAGAAACUGAAUGGAGGUUUGUACUGUACCAAGGAGGAGUUUGUGACUGACAUGAAGACUAUGUUCAGGAAUUGUCGGAAAUACAACGGGGAAAGUAGUGAGUACACCAAGAUGUCGGACAACCUGGAGAGGUGCUUCCACCGCGCGAUGCUGAAGCAUUUUCCUGGUGAGGAUGGGGACACGGACGAAGAAUUCUGGGUCAGAGAGGAGGAGAAGCGGGAGAAGAGGCGUGGUCGGGCUGCACGCAGCCACGUGUGCACCCGCUCCCGGGACUCGGAGGCGCCCGGCCGGAAGCAGCAGCCCACGGAGAACGGAGGGAAGUCGCUGCCCCCUGGGCGCCGCGCUUCAUCCUCUGGGGCCAGUGAGAGCAGCGGCUCUGCGCAGCCCUCUGGCGAGGUGGGCACCCCGAACAGCGGCGGCCUCCCUGGACCCCUGCAUUACAGUGGAGCCGGCCAGGCACCCCUCUCAAGCCAGCUGAGGCCAGCAGGACAGGCAACGUUUUGUCCUCUCCGAGGGGCGGAUCCUGCCACCAUCCGUGUCUCCUCUGGAGCACCAGAUCCACACCCCGGUGGGCCUGGACAGCAGCCCCAGCCUUUAGCAGUGCAGCCUCCAGCUGGAAUUAACCACCACCGAGGCCCCCCUGACGAGAAGCCAGUGUGCGGGGGGCUAGCGCCCCUUGCUGACAUGGGAUCGCGUCCUGGACCCUCACUGCUCGGGCAGAUGAGCGGCCCCAGCCAGGAGGGGACUGUGUAUACCCCAGCUCAUUUCCAGCCGGGCUUUAUCCCUCCCAGGCACGGGGGGGCUCCGGCCCGACCCCCAGCCUUUCCUGAGAGUUCAGAAAUCCCUCCCAGCCACAUGUACCGAUCCUACAAGUACCUGAGUCGAGUACACUCUGCAGUCUGGAAUGGGAAUCACGGUGCUACAAAUCCAGGACCCUUGGGGCCAGAUGAGAAGCCCCCCAUGGGGCCAGGACCCUCUCACCAGCCUCGCACUCUGGGUCACAUGAUAGAUUCCCGAGUGAUGAGAGCACCCCUCCCCCCAAACCAGUGGCCAGAACAAUCAGGCUUCCUACCUCACGGAGUUCCUUCUUCGGGGUACAUGCGACCACCCUGUAAACCUGGCGGACAUCGGUUCCAGCCCCCUCCAGCACCAACGCAAGGUUCUUUCUUUGGAGCACCGGCCCAGGCCCUGCGGGGAAUGCAGGGUGGGGACUCGAUGCUGGACAGCCCAGAGAUGCUCGCCAUGCAGCAGCUCUCCUCGCGGGGGUGCCCGCCAGGCAUGCCUUACCGCCCCCGCCAGCCCGUGCCGCCCCCCGUGCCUGGCCCUUUCCCCCCAGUGGGCGUGGCGGCCCCCAAGCCUGCCUUGGGGGACCAUGGGCGGACACAGGACAGCAGGGAAACACUGGAGCCUGAGAACGGCCGAGCAGAUCCCUUGCCUGGGCUCGAGGAGAAACCAGCCAGUGUUGGUGCUUUGGAGGGGGCGUUCCUCAAGCAGCUACCUCACCCCAUGCCCCCGCUGCAGGCCGACUGUGCCAGGCGGAGCUCGCCCCAGGGAAGGGAUUCGGAUGGCCCAGAGCUUAGGCGCGAGUCCUCAGAGCCUGGAGACAGCUGCCCAGUGAGCACGGGCAGGGGCACCUGGCUCUCGGGGAGUGGCUUCGCAGGCCCAGCCGCCCAGGGGUGCGCCCUAGCUGACCCGGGGGCGCUGCCUGAAAAUGGACUGAGGGUGGAAGCCUCUCCGUGUGGGUCUGAGGGCAAGGGCAGGGCGCCACCGGAGGCCAUGCCGCCUGCCGAGCCUGCCUGCCCCCCUCUGUACGCGCCUGGCCUGGAGUACCCCGGCUCCACCACACGGUAUCACGUCGGCCCAGGCCUGCAGGCUGUGGGCCCCGUGAUGGGGGGCAAGCCCUCAACCCCGCACCCUCAGCCUUUUCCCCCUCGGGCGUUUCCGUCCCACGACCCUCAUUCUGGAGUCUUCCCCCGGUACCGCCCCCAUCAGGGAAUGAGGUACCCCUACCAGCCGCCACCCCAGCCUUCGUACCAUCACUACUCGCGGACUCCUUAUUACUCGUGUCCACAGGGCUUUUCAGACUGGCAGAGACACCUCCCUGCCCCGGGAAGCCCGAGCGGGCCCCCACCGGCUCAGCCUGCCCCUGCCAGGCCCCUCUUCCUCGACAAGAGCGCUGGGGCCGGGCUGCAGGGCUGCGAGGCACUGAGCGCUGCCUUAACUUCCCCCACGCGGGUGGACGCCGUGGUCGCCAAGACAGCUGACGGGCAGAAUCCCGGCCCAGAGGAGAAGCAGGAUGAGUCUAUGGAGAGGCCAGAGAGUCCCAAAGAAUUUUUAGAUCUGGACAACCACAAUGCAGCUACCAAGCGGCAGAGUUCACUGUCAGCCAGCGAGUAUCUGUACGGAACGCCUCCUGCGCCGCUGAGCUCGGGGGUGGGCUUCGGUUCGUCUGCUUUCCCCCCGCACGGAGUGAUGCUGCACGCGGGGCCUCCGUACCCGUCGCAGAGGCCGGCCGGGCAUUUCCAGCCCAGGGCUUACUCCUCCCCCACGGCUGCUCACCCGCCUCACCGCCCACUGGUGGCCCAGCCCAAUGGCCUGUCCCCCGAGUGCCCCCUCUACCGCUACCCAGAAGAGGGCCUGGGCCGCUUCCAGGCUGUGAUGAUGGAGCAGAUGGGCCCUGGAAGUGGGGUGAGGGUGCCUCUCCAGGAGGUGUACAGGCCACCCGGGCUGCAGAUGCACCCGGCCCAGUCCCGGCCCUCGUUCCCAAAGACGCCGGCGCCAGCCGCGCCGCAGGAGGGGCUGCCACUACAUGAGCCCCCAACGCUUCCUCUCGAUCAGAGCUAGUCCAAGGAGGAGACAAGCCCCAGGGAAACAGAAAGCUGCAUAUGACGAGGGUGGAGAACGGGGAGGAGGGGGCGCGGCCCCGCCCCCCUCUCCCAUCAUUGGCAUCACUUCCUGCGUCCCAGAGCCUGGACGCCCCUUCUUACCGACGCACCUGCUCGCGAGGUCCUGGGCGAGAGUGGAGACCAGAUGGGCUGGACUCUGGUGGCUUUUCCAGACCCUGAGACUCUGGUUCAGGGAAGAUCAUCCUGACCUGGGGGGGCGGUGCUGGUGGGCUGUCAUGGCAGCUGCACUCAGGUAUAAGUUUGGGGAAGGGACUACUUGUGUUGGAUGUGUUUGGAGCUGGGUCCAGUUUACAGAGUUUUCAUGUUGCCUUUAAGAUGAUUUCUGUCGUUGGUGGUGAAUGUAUUGUUCAUAAAGCCUGCAGGGCGGGUGGUGGGGGUGGAGUCUGGCCGGUGGGCCCGCAGCCCUGCUUACCCUCCUCUGUUUACAGCCCUGGCCCACUCACAUUUGGGAGCUGGAGGAGAGGGCAGGCAAGGCCGCCGUGUUUCCUCUAACGGGCUCUUCCUGUCAGCCUGAGGGGCAGCCCCCUGGCCUGGCGCCCAGGUCCUGGUCCAGCACAGCAGCACCCCUCCUGGUUGGCCAGCUGCCCCGCCAGGUAGUUGUAAACCAAUAUCAGGGGCAUUUGCUCGUUAGAAGGUGAGGUGACCCGUCCCCGUCACAGCCCUGCCGGGACUGUGGUCUAGAAGACGCCACAAGCUUCCUGGCACGAAUCACAGUUUGUGGCAGUGACUACUCAGGUUUGUAUAUGUUUAGUAUCAAUAAAGAAGCUGCACAGUUUUUAAUAGGAAAAUGUAUUCUAUAGAUUUACAGCUUGAAUUUAGGAAUAUUUCAGUAUAUAUAGUUUUUAUUCAUUUUAUGUGAAUCAUAGUAAAAUAAGUCAUGGUGAUUUAAAAUAGCUAUCAAGAACAAGUUCUUGAAAUCACUUGUCUGUCUGUGAUAGGAAACAGUUUUACAGUAUUAAGUUACUUUAUUACAGUUUUAGAAGCCAACGACACUGGAUUCUCCCUGUUUAUUAGCAUUCUUUGAUUUUAGCUGAGAUGCCACCAAAGUUAGGACUCAUACGUUUUAAACUUUUGAAUAUCCCACAAAGGAAAAAAGAAAAAACAACAACUAAGGAAGAUGCCCUCAAGUUACAGGUUUCUGUAAAGAAUAGUGUAUUUUUUAAGCAUGCCUUUGGGAUAGUAGAAAGGCUUCCAUAAAACACUGGUUGGUUGAUUUGCACUUGUUUCUUAUAAAUUCAACUGUGUGAGAGGCCAAGAGAACCUUGCCUCCAGUCCUAGCGUCCUUGAUGAAGCUGGAAUAAACCUGCGCUUUCAGUAGGAAAAGAAACAAGUUGGAAACAUCCCUGUUGUCCACAUGGAACCCAGGCACCAGCUCCAAACACGUGAAUGCUGACCUGCGGGGCUCAUGAGGCUUGGGCAGGUUGAGCGCUGGGAACGCGGACGCCUCCCAGACACUCUGCACAGAAACGUGAAUUUUUCCUUACCAGACUAAAAUUUGGCGUGCUUUUAGAUGGAGUGAGUUUGGGGGCUGUGUUCUUAUUGGAUCCUGGUUCUUGUUAGAACCCUGUCACUGGUGUGAUGUGGUUCAGGGUGGGGAGGUCAGUGUCGCCCCUCGGGAAGGAUGGGGUAGGGUUGCGGGCAGGUCCAGGUUGGCCCCCGAGCUGUGAAGGACCGUGCCCAGGACACUCUGCUUCCCCGCGUGUCUGUGCGCCAGCCGGGAGGGGAGACCGCAGCUUUGUGCAGCUGGUCUGGGCCCAGAGCCUUCUCCCUGCCGGCCUUGAAGCUGCUUCGGGUGCGAGGCUGUGGACACCCUUGCCUUGAGCCGAACCAGCCCGGGGCAGGGCCAGGAGGGACCAUAGCGAUUCUGCCCUCUCCUUCCGCCUGGGGGCCUCGGGGCCUCGGAGCCUCGGGUCGCCCUGCUCCCCCCGCCGCAGCCCCUCCCCCAUCACCCGCUGCCCCAGGAGCUGUGGACAGGACAGGAGCCUCCCUUCUGGGUGAGUGGACACUGUGGGGGUGCGGAGGGAGUGGAGCCCCACGUGCUUGCUGUGGUGAGCCUGCUGCAUCCCUUGGCCGGUAGGGCCGUCCCCGGCCGGGCCCCUGCGCUCCUCCCAGCUGGAACGCGGCCUGGGAGGAGGUCCCAGAGGGGCCUUCCCCGGGACCACUGCUGCCUGUCAGGGGCCGGGAGGACUUCACGUCCACCGCUGACCUUGGUUAGAAACUGUCUCCCCAGGACCCAGGGAAAUAAAAGAUCCAGAGAGAAAGGUAGAGCCUUUUGGAAGGUGUCUGGCCUGGGGUUUUUUUCCCCUCAGAGUCUGUCCAUUUAAAAUUAGCUCUUGGCUAAAGUUUAUUACAGUAAAAACAUAAGAAGACUAAGUAAGGACAGGCACACAGGCUCCUGUUCAUAACACUUUUCUCAAACCACCUUUUAAAAGUGAAACUAAAGCUGCUGCCCCCUCUCCCUUGCAGGGGGUAGGGGUAGGGGACACACUAGCCUGUUGUCAGCAGGACGCCCUACCUGGGGCCCCGGGUGCCUCUGAACAGGAAAAUUUUCAUGUUGCUUGAAAGCCUUCGGCCCUCAGCCAGCCUGGCCCACAGAGCCUGGCAGUGUUCUUGUGACUGGGCGUCCAGGUCUCUGUCGCGCGGGUUAUCUGCUGGGUCAUCACUUGUCUUAGUUCCUGCCGGGUCCGGGAGUGGGCUGCGUGCUGUCCAGGACAGCCAGCGUCACCUGGGCUGAGCUUUUUUCUCACUUUUUAAAGGAAGUUCCAAUCUACAGCUACACACUGCUCUCAAGUCCUGGUUUGAAAUUUCCCGUGAAACCCUAACCCAAUCGCCCCGAGGCAGGGACCGUCACAGAACGGCGGCCUCCAGGGCGCUCAGAGUCCAGCUGAAGGACUGGGAUGCCCACCUCAGACAUCGGGUCGUGUGGGAGUUGGGGCUGUCGGGCCACGGCUGCCGGGGUGCGGGGUCCCCAGCCAGGGGCUGAGCCCGUGACUGGACUCUCCCAGGACACGGGCCUUCCCUGCCCUGCGUCCUCUCGUGUGAGGCUGGCUGCUCCUCGUGCCCACUGCUUCACAGGCCCUCGCCGAGCAGUCCGUCAGCGGGCUGCCUGCCCACUGGUCUCUCCCUCCUUCUGCCCUGGGGCCUGAUGGAGAAACGCCUCAAACCAGCUGACUGUCCUGUGGUUUUGAAAAGGGUAGGUGGGUUUGGGAGUGAGUUACUGAACGCUGCCCCCCCUCCCCAGCUGGGGCUCAUGCCCGGCUCCCCUGUUGCAGAAGCCUGCGAGCUUUCCUGGCCAGUACUGGAAAGGGGAAUGCUAUUUAUUUUUAUAUUGUGUAUAUUUUGUCUGGUCUGCUGAUUCCCUGUUUCGCUGAGAGCCACACUUACCUCAGUAGUUAGUUCUAUACUGU